AUGGCGCAAAACUACAACCAGUACCCGCAGCAGUACGGGCAACACCCGCCGCCGGUGCAGACGCAGAACCUACCCCAGCCGCCCCAGUCGCCCCAGCAGCCCCAGCCGUCCCAGCAGCCCCAGCAGCCCGCGCGCCCCUUCUCGCCGCCCAACUACGAGCAGUCGCCCAGCACCAUGUCGCCGACCAUGGGCAGCGGCAUCCCCCCCGCAAAGCGCCAGCGCCUGUCCCCCAACCCGACCUCGCCCGCCCCCUACCAGUCGCCCUUUGCCGCCCCCUCGUAUCCCAUGUCGCCCUACGCUUCGUCGCCGCAGAACACGGGCUACCUGUCCCUGCCUCCGUCGCCCGCCAACACGCAGCCCCCGCCCUUCCACCAGCCGCAGCCCUACCAGCACCCAAGCAACAUGGCCCAGCAGCACCCACAACCGUCCCAGCCGCAGCCGCCACACCACCAGCAACCGCCCCCGCCCAGCUCCAUGCCGCCGCCCAAGGUGCCCUACAGCAAGGCCACGGACCACGAAGGCCUGGAGAAGGCGAACGCGCGCGAUCUGGACGUCAAUAACAUCAGCGACGUGCUCACAGGCUCUGGCAUCGACCUGCGCGCCGAGGAAGACAACCUGCUCCACAGCUACAGCAACCGCGGAUAUGGCACAUCGUUCAACUCCCAGGCCUCAGGAUCCACCCUCUCGCCCCACGGAAGCUUCAACAACUGGAGUCAACAAGCCAGCCACGGCGCAUUCCAGGGGUCCGGCCCGCUGACCCAGUCCCUGUCGCAGGAGCAACACGAAGCAGAGUUUCUGAGGAAGCACGAGCAGGCUGCCCGCAUCCUCAACGAGUCGGCCCAGCAGUGCCUCACAGACCCCUUCUGCGACGCCAACGUGCUCCGCCACCGCAUGGCGAGACGUGCCUACGAGAAUGGGAUCCAGGUCAAUGUCGAUGGUCUGUUCGACAAGAUCCCAGACAAGACCCCGCGCGACGUGACAAGAAGUACGCAGGCCGGUGCUAACGGUGAGCAAAUUGUAGGCCUCGAAGCCGCCAGUCUGCUGAACCAGAACGCUCCGCUUGUUGAGAUCUUGUCGCUGCUUUCGCUGGCUGCUGAGGAGCGCAUACGCACCAUCGUCGAGGACUCGUUCGCUCUGAGCCAGGGCCGACAGAACACAUCACACGGUGUUAUCCCACCACAGAUGCUCGACAUUGCCGUCAAGGAGCCGGACGCCGAGCAGAGAAUGGCCGCGCCCCUGAACGUGUUGAGGACGCCGUGGGAGGCAUCGGAGAGUGCCACCAGCCCCACGACGACGGCCACGAAAGGACUACCGAAUGCUGCACGAUUGCCUACACCACCAACCGAAGCACCUCGUACACCACAGCCUACGCUCCAAAACGUCAAUCACGUUGCCAACGCGCUGAAGAAGCGAGUGCGUGACGAUGAAUAUUUCGAGAAGGAGCGACUUCGCAAACGGCAGCAGCGACUACAGGGCAAGUCGGCAACUGCAGCUGACGCGGCCGAGAUGGCGCCUCUACCGAUCCCGGAGAAGAUCACCAAGAAGCAGCGAGACGCGAUGAACAAGGCCGGGCAGACGGAAGACGUUCUGCACCGCAAAGCCAACGAGACGGCUGCGUUAGCGCUGGGCGGCGGAAGGAAGAAGAAGUACUCGUGGAUGACAGGAGGCGCUGGCGGUGGUGGGGGUGGUGGGGGUAGUGGUAGUGGUAGUGGUGGUGGUGGUGGUGGUGGUGGUGGUGGCGGCGGCGGCGGCGGCGGCGCAAGUGCCUCUGGUGCCUCGACACCCGCUCGACAGGCCACGGGCCCGAGCAGCAGCGGUGCAGCGACACCAGCGGCGGCGACGACGACGGAGAUAGGAUUGAGGGCGAAGAAGAGGAACUACGGGGCCAGCAUGGAGAGCACGGAGAUGGGCGAGAAGAUCCAGGUCCGGGAUCUUGUGCACGUGUUGGAGAAUGACGGCAGGGAGAAGAAGACGCUGACGCUGAUUUUGGCACGCCUCAAGAACACGGACAAGGACGAGGGGAGGGGGGUGGACUAUGACAAGCGACUGCCGGCGGCAGCAGCCAGUGUUCGUUGA